ACUUUCAAAAGCGCGUCACUCAAUCGAUAAAAUAAUUGCAAAUACGAGAUGGUGGACAUUGUCUCCGCCAUUUUGGAUUUCACAGCCCGAAAAGCCCUGGGGACAAGGCUGACGACAAAUAGUCGUUCCAGCCAAUUAGAAUAGCCGCUCAAAGCUAAAUUUUACAACCAUGCAACCACGGAUUAGAGAUAGAAGAUAUCACACGGCGGCGUGAAGAUAUGAAUCUUAUUUUCCAGUGGCCGGGUCUUUUCAGCUUUUAAUUGCAAGGUAUCUUAUGACUACCUGGAUCACGUGCGUUAUUGGACCCGUUUCUAGGAGAAAUCAUUCUAACUGAGCCAUAGAUACGUUUAGUAAGUCUUGGCCACUUAACCUUCAACUGAAUUCUCUCUGAACGAAUUGAUGUUUCCAAGAUAUAUCAUACUGUGUCCCUUUUCUGACCAGGAGUCUGAAACUCCUGUUCUGUUUUCCUUGAUCAAAUGGAGCAAUAUUUCGACCUUAUAACUUGAAUUUGGCUCAUGCCCUCGCAAGUCGUAUAACACAGCUUAGAUCUUUCUUUAAUAGCCCGCUUAUUUCGCAUUUCGAUUAACUAUAUAUGUAAAUUUAUCUUUCCCUCUCGGUUAAUCAAUGACAACUGCCGGAACUGAAAGUACGUAGCCUGAAAGUUUUUAGUUUUUGGGAAUGAUAACAUUGAAUUGGGAAAUUGUACACGCGGAAACGUAAUUAUCAACCGCUCAUUUUUCCAAACUUCCAACUUUACAUCGACGAAAAAAAUUUAACGAAGAACAGUUAAAUAAAAGACUGAUCAACAUAUAUUUGUGCUAACAAAGGUCAACAAAAAAAUAAAAUGCUGUCAAGAUUACCGAUUUUGUAAACGGAUGGAUCUUCGCCACUCAGUGAACGACAUUGUGUUUAUGAGUUUGAUAGGCGGGGUUAGCAGCGGCCAAUCAUCAAAUAGAAAUUAGCGUAUUUCAUGCAGAUAUCAGUUAACAGCAAUGCCGUGUGAUUUAUUAUUUCUUGCUAAUUAUCCAAUUCAAAUGCUACUUGUCCAUUCUCUUAAUAAAGGUAAACUUCGAUCUUUCAUUAACUUUUUCUUUUUAGUAAUUAAUAUUUUCUUCACAAACUAAUUUGCUCCCUGAAGACGCUCGAUUUUUUUUUUCUUUUUUUUUUUUUUUUUUUUUUUUUGACGUAGUGCUGUUUUUAUCCCAGCGAUAUAAAUUUAGCACGCGAUAAACUUGCUAGGAUCUGAACUUAUGCUCAUCAGCUGUACCUUCGGGCGUUUUAAAUGUUUAUUUUCUGGAGGAAAAGACGGGAAAAAAAUGAUUUUUAUUGGAUGGGAGGCUUGACAGAUGACGAAAAAUGGCAGGCGGCUAACAUUUCUUGUCAUAAAUACGCCGACAUCGUGUGUUCUCGAAUUCAUCGUUUAUGUAUUUUCUAUCGCUGAGGACAAAAUAGAGCGCCAGUCGGGAAAAAGAACAAUAUUGACGGUGGGUACUGUCGCCGGAGUACUGACUGAAAACAGUAAGAGCUAAGAUCAAGAAGAGAGUUUUCUGAAGUUGAUUGAUUCGUUUUGACGCGGAUGAAAAGAUGAAUAUUCAACCCCAAACUUACCUAAAGCUGGCGGUCAAUACUGCGGUGUUUGCAGUGGGAUUCAUUGGUAACCUUCUUACCAUUAUUGUUAUUUGUCGUAAGGGACAGAACAAGUCGACGUAUCAGAUGCUGGUGCUAAACUUGGCGAUCUCAGACUUUCUGUUCAUCAUCUCUAUACUACCGUUGUCAACUUACGAGAUGUUUGGAGUCAUCGAAAAGUCUGGGUUUUACUGCCGAGUCAUUUGGCCCUGGCUCACAAUUCCCUACCUCCUGAGUAUAUUCAGCAUUGCUUCCAUGGCACUACAACGCUGCCGCUCAAUUGUAAUGCCUUAUCGGCCCAAACUAAGCAAACGGAUAACCUCUGCCUGGAUAGCAGCUAUUUGGCUCGCUUCCUUCGUCAUUGUAUUGCCGCUUGUUAUAGUUACAAGGUUUGUUUACCCUGAUCAAUGCGUAGAAAACUGGCCCAGCUUUAGCCACAGGAAAGCGUAUACGUUGGCACUUUUCCUUCUUCAGUAUUUGAUUCCACUCUUUAUCAUCACCAUUGUGUAUGCUAAAAUCACAAGGUAUCUGUUAAACAACAGCGUAGUCACGCGCAGCGGUAGUUUCUCUACUGAGGAACAGCGCGCAGCCGAAGCGAGAAGGUUGAAGAGGCGUAACCAAGCAAUCAGGACUUUGGCCGCGGUUGUUAUUCUGUUCGCGGUCUGUCUUUUUCCUGGACAAGUGGCGUGGUUGUUGAUGGACUUUGGAAGUGGCGGAUCAAGUCAGGAAAAAGCUAUCGAUAUUCUUUUCGGGUUUUCCGAUUUUCUGGAUAACUUCCAUGCGUGCAUUAACCCCGUUAUAUACUGCAUGUUAAAUGCUCGAUACCGGGCAGAAUAUUACAGAUGUCUGGUUUAUGUAUUUCGGGUAAAUCACGAAAAUUAGAGCAGUGCCAAAGCUCUUAGAGCAGAUAUAAAGAUCGGAGCGCAAUCUAUUUCUAGUCAGUGUAAGAUGGAAGGGACUAGAGUCUUUGAAGUACUCAUCGAGUAUCUUGUUGGAAAGGAAUUGUAAAUUAAAAUAAGUCAAGAGGCCGUUUUAACUUCAGAUUAAUUUGGGACGCAGUUUUUUUGACGCAGAUCGUUAGAAAUUAAAUUUGAAAAUGAAACUAUAGAAGUGGCCUUCUACAGGUAAUUACUGAAAUCAGAGAAGCAGUUUUCACUUCAGGUAACCAGCUGAGUAGUAGAGUUUAAUUUACAGAAGUACAUAAGUAAUGCAAUUUUUGAGAGUGAUUACUCACAAAAAGUCUUGAAAAUCAAAUGUCCUCUUGCACAUGUCCAUUUCUGCUUUAUACCCUUAAACGUUUUUUGACAUCUUAAAAACUGGCUGAAUAUAGUUUGCUCAAGCGUGUAUACACUCGGCGCACUUCUGCCAAGACAUCGCAAGCAAAGUGACGUUUGUACGUGAAGAGUAAUUACACACAAUGCAAAUGGCCCUCUUGUAGACUUGCUAUUAAGAUGUGAAUCAAUUAAAAGCUCCUGCUAUUGUUUUUGA